AAAGAAAGAAAGAAAAAAGAAAGAGAAAGAAAAGAAAGAAAGAAAAAGAAAAAGCACCUUUGGCACAACCAUGACUUGGAUGGUUGAGAAUCUCCAUAGAAGAAACCCGGAAUUGUCAACGCGAGGGUCCCUCUAUCCCUUGGCCAAUCUAUAUUCCUCCCAGCGGAAGUCGUAGCUCUAUGGCGCUUUUUUUAAAAAAGCCUCGCGGCUUCCUCACCGGAACCGGAAGUGGGGCGAUGCGGGGUCGGCCCUGUGUUGCUCGGCGGCCGUUUUCGCUCGCCGCCAUGCCGUCCGAGCAAUUUCGGCUGCAGACCGUGGAGGCUCUGCGGAACACCCGCAAAGGGCGGCUGCGUUACUGCCGCGACUGGAGCCCGCUCGAGGAGGGCAUCUUGGAAGAGGAUAAAGCUCUUCCGGUGUUGUCUCGCUGCACAGGUUGGGUGCUUGAAAAAAUCAUCUCCCAUUCUCCAAAGUCAGAUCUCUUGGCAAAAUGCACUCCUGAAGGGGCGUCCCUUUUCCAUGGUUUAUCAUUAGAGAUCGAUGCCUCUCCUGUCAAUCAGGACAGCCCCCUGCCCUCGCUAACAGAAGCCCCAGCUGAUGACCAGAAAUGGAGAAGCACGGGGAGCAACCAGGAGCCCCUCACCCUGACCCCCCCGUCCAAAAGUACGGGAGUCGAAGGCCUCAUUCAUUUGCACAAGGAGAUCCAGAAGCUGAAAGGGAAGGAGCAGCUGAAGCAACGCUUGGAACAGCAGGAACAGGCGGGGAAGGCCGCCUGCGAAGAGGCCAGCGAGUUGCUGAAGCGUUUCGAUGAGCUGAAGGAGCUGAAGCAACAUCAGGAGUACCAGCACCUUCAGCAAGAGAUGGAGAACAGCUCCAAAGAAGCUCAAGGCCAGCAAGAAAAGCUGAAGGAGGAACAUCGGCGCAGAGCCAAGCUUUUGAGCCGGAAGCUCCGUGAGGCCGAGCAGCAGCGCCAGCGGCAGGAAGACCUGGAGCGCCAGCGGCGGGAGGAGAGCCAGGAGCGCCUGCGCCGCCUCUACGCCAUCCAGGAGGAGGUCCUGCAGAUCCACCAGCAAGUCGGCCUGGGCGCCCGGCAGAAAGAGCUGCCCACCCUCGAUUUCUCGCUCUUCAACAACCGGGGCAAUCAGCUCUGCGGGGAGGUGUCGGCCUUGGUCCGCGUGGCCAAUGAGCAGGCUUUCCCCACUGAGGCAGAUGUGGCUUCCGCUGAGCACGUCCUGCUCAAAAUGCACCAGCUCUUUUCCAAUAUGCAGCAAGAAAUUGCUCUGGCCCUGGAACAGACGAAGGAGGAGGAGGAGAAGGUGGCUUUGGCUGCAGCUGCAGCCGCCGAGGCCCAAAAAACAGAGGAACUGCAGAAACAGGAGCUGGCAAAAUCCCAGGCUUCAAAUCCCGGAAAUCUAGCUGGAGGGCUUCAGGUAAAGGCAGACGCAUCCAUUAUGAAGUGGUACCAGGAGCUACAGAAAGAAUCCCAGCAGUGUGAGGCUUCCUUCAGCUGCUUGGCCAGCAGCAAAGGCACGCAGGAGAAAAAAAUCAAAAUGGAAUUGCAGAAAGCUGCCACCAUCCCUGUUAGCCAGAUUUCUACCAUCGCAGGUUCUCAGCUGAAGGAGAUAUUUGAAAAAAUCAAUAGCUUCCUUUCGGGAAAGUACGUGAAGUGCGGGGGCCACAAAGUAUCUGUCACGCAGCAUCCUGAAGGCCUGGAGUUUGUUUAUUUCAAACUGGCUGAAAAGUUUGUGAAACAAGGCGAAGAAGAGGUAGCCUCUCACCACAAAGCUGCGUUCCCCAUUGCCGUGGUGGCAUCUGGUAUCUGGGAGCUGCACCCCAAGGUGGGCACCCUCAUCCUGGCUCACUUGCACAAAAAGUGUCCUUAUGCUGUCCCCUUCUACCCUGCGAUGAAGGAAGGCACCCCCCUGGCAGAGUAUCAGAGGACCCUUGGCUACCAAGUGAAGGAUGGGAAAGUAGAGCCUCAAGACAACUUUCUAAAACGGAUGUCUGGAAUGAUCCGACUCUAUGCGGCCAUCCUGCAACUUCAGUGGCCGUAUCAGGAUAAGCAAGGAACUCAUCCACACGGAUUAAACCAUGCCUGGCGUUGGCUGGCACAGAUGUUGAACAUGGAGCCUCUGGCAGAUGUGACAGCAACCGUUCUGUUCGAUUUCCUGGAGGUGUGUGGGAAUGCGCUCAUGAAGCAGUACCAGGUGCAAUUUUGGAAGUUGCUUCUCCUGAUCCAGGAAGAAUAUUUUCCCAGGAUUGAAGCAAUUACCAACCCCGGGGAAAUGGGCUCCCUCAUACGAUUCAAGCAGUUUUUAAAGGAAUGCUUACAACGAAAAAACAUUCCUCUCCCCAAAGGCUAUUUGUCACCCUCUUUUUGGAAAUCCUGAGGGUCGGAUCCCCUGGCACUUUUACAGAAGAACCAUGAAUGGGAAAAGGAAAACGUUCCCGCUGGCUGUUUUAAUUUUCGUGAAAUCAAGGGAAACUGCUUCAAAUCCGUCUGGAAGCAACGGUUUUCUGCCUCUUGGAUCCAAGCCGAUAAUGAACAAUAGGACUGUGGGAUUUUCGCUUCUGCUAUUUACAAGCAGUGGGUGGAAAACGAAGAGGAAUUUGUAUUUUUGUGUGUCGGUGCUAAACAGUAAAGUAUUUCUGAUAACUUAUAUAUUUUUCGUACGAUAUGAUCCAGCUUGCUGGUAGAGUGGGACAUUUACGACAGCAAUUGUGUUAGCUCAAUCAAGCAUGAAGCGUUGAGCUUUUGGUGUCCAUUUGCUACAGUGAUCAUUUUACAAUGAUAAAAGAUAAUAAACCUUUGGAAGAAACUGCCUGGAAUGUCAUUAGAGCUCAAAGGAGCUUUAUUUUAAAGGCUGUCAUCGAGUAACUUAUUUUUAAUGUUUGCGCGUGCCUGUUUUCAAAGUAAAGACAUUGGAAUUUCUAA